AUGGACUACGACUCAGACAUAGUGGUCAGAAGCAGCAAGGUAUCCAGAACAUACAAUGUCUACCGUGGUUCCUCUCCAACAACACAAAACAGACUGGAGGCUCGUCUGAGAGAGUUAGAGGAUGCCCUAGACAGUGAGAGGGAUGGCCGUCUCAGAGCUGAAAAACUGUUGGCGGAACUGCAGUUCAGGUACGAUCAGGUACUGGACAGUCUCGAAGAGCAGGGUGGAGUGACUUCACAGCAGAUUGAAAUCAGCAAGAAACGGGAAGCUGAAGUAAACAAGCUUAGGAAAGACAUUGAAAUGGUCAAUGCACAGUUUGAGCAGACAGAAAACAGUUUGAGAAAGCGACACCAAGAAGCCAUUAAUGACCUAUCAGACCAGAUUGAACAUCUGCAAAAGCAGAAAACCAGAAUUGAAAAAGAAAAGCAGACUUUAGUUGUUGAGUUAGAUGGACUAUCUGGCCAGCUUGAGUCAGUCAGCAAAGCCAAAGCUUCUGUUGAAAGCAAACUGGAUGCUGCUGAACAAGCUAAUAUUCGCCUCAAAGGACAAGUCGAUGACUUGGCUCGUCAGCUCAAUGAGUUAACCUCCCUGAAGGCUAGAUUAACCCAAGAAAACUUUGAUCUUCAGCAUCAGGUGCAAGAACUGGACUCCAGCAAUGCUGCUCUUGCUAAAGCCAAGUCCCAGCUUCAACAUCAGAACGAUGAUCUCAAGAGAAAUCUCGACGACGAGAGCCGGCAAAGGCAAAACCUUCAAGUGCAGCUGUCGGGUCUUCAGAGUGACUAUGACAGUCUAAAUGCCCGCUAUGAAGAGGAAGUUGAAAGUUCUAACAGUCUGCGAGCACAGCUAAGCAGGGUGAACACCGAGUACAGUACCUUGAAGGCUCGAUUUGACAAGGAGAUUCAACUGAAGACUGAGGAAAUUGAGGAAAUACGACGCAAACUAACUAUUCGUAUCACUGAGCUAGAGGACACGGCGGAACAGCUGCGUAUGAAGAACAGUGGUCUGGAGAAAGCCAAAGCCAAGCUAACAGUCGAGUUAAGAGACAUCACCAUUGAGCUUGAAAAUACACAAAUAAUUGUCCAAGACUUGACUAAGCGCAACAGACAAUUAGAGAAUGAAAAUGUGGCACUACAAAAGCGUGUUGAUGAGCUGACUGCUGAGAACAACGGCCUUCGUGCAGAUAAGGCCAACCUUGAACAGGAAGUGUACAGAUUGCGUGUUGCAAACGCUGAACUGAACGAACGCAAUGACAACUUGCAGAGAGAGAAUAAACAACUUUCAGAUCAACUACGUGAAGCCAAUCAAGCUCUGAAGGACGCUAACCGUGAGCUGGCUGACCUGAGAGCGCUGCGUGCCCAGCUCGAGGCAGAGAGGGAUUCUCUGGCUGCUGCACUGAAGGAUACCGAAGACGCACUUCGUGAUGCAGAGAACAAACUGGCAAAUGCAAAUGCUGCACUUGAAAAACUGAGACAAGACAUGGAGGCCAGACUUCGAGAGAAAGACGAGGAACUUGAGAACAUCAGGCGUAGCAGCGCUCGUGUUAUUGAGGAGCUUCAGCGCACACUUAUUGAGGUUGAGACUCGUUACAAGUCUGAAAUUACCCGCAUCAAGAAAAAGUUUGAGUCGGACAUCCGUGAACUGGAAGGAGCUCUGGACAAUGCUAACAGAGCCAAUGCUGAAUAUCUCAAACAGAUCAAGAGUCUGCAAGUCAGAGUCAAGGAACUGGAAACCCUUCUGGAGGAAGAGCGCCGCAAUGCUGAUGAUCUUCGAAACCAGCUGUCACUCAGUGAGAGGAAGAGGCUUGCAAUUUCUCAAGAGCUCGAAGACGCAAGAUCUCUUCUUGAGGCUGCAGAGCGGGCCCGCAAGAAUGCGGAAGUAGAACUGCAUGAAGUCAGUAUUAGAAUUAGCGAACUGACAAUUUACGUGACCACACUUACCAACGACAAGAAACGCCUGGAGGCUGAUGUUGCAGCUUUGCAGAGUGACCUGGAUGAUGCCAUCAAUAACCAGAGAGCAGCUGAAGAACGAGCAGAGAGACUUGCCAACGAGAAUGCUCGUCUGGCUGAUGAACUUCGCCAAGAACAGGAGAACUACAAGAAUGCUGAAAGUCUCCGCAAACAGCUAGAGAUUGAGAUUCGUGAAAUCACAGUUCGCCUUGAAGAGGCUGAGGCCUUUGCUCAGAGAGAAGGCAAGAGACUGGUUGCAAAACUCCAGAUCAGGGUUCGUGACUUGGAAGCAGAACUGGAAGCUGAAAGUCGACGUGUCCGUGAAGCAAUAGCCAACCAGCGCAAGGCUGAACGUUUCUUUAAGGAGCUGCAGGCUCAGACAGAAGAAGAAAGAAAACAGCUUGCUGAGUUGCAAAGUAUCAACGACCAGCUUAGCAUUCGUGUCAAGACUUACAAGAGACAAAUAGAAGAAGCUGAAGACGUGGCUAAUCUGACAAUGAAUAAAUACAGGAAAGCCCAGGCUCUCAUUGAGGAAGCAGAAGCGAGGGCUGAUGUUGCAGAGAAAAAUCUUCAAGUUGUACGCCGCUCCCGCUCCAUGUCGGUCACACGAGAGAUCACCAGAGUGGUCAAAAUCUAA